UUUGUAUUCACCAUUUUUCUUUUUUUUGUCGCAAAAUCAGCUGUGGUAAUAUUUAAGCCCCGAAUCAUAUGCUGUCAAAUAUAACAAGAUAGACCUCAGGCAUGACCCAUAUGGUUUUGUAUACCUCAAAAUUUAAAUGAAAGAGGUAGGGGACAAUGUCGAUGCUUUCACUGAAAUGACAUCUAUUAAUGAAUCAAUAGACAGUUUGAAAAUUGAAAAUGAAAAUGUAAUUCAAGAAAGAGGCUCAUGGGGGCAUAGAAUGGAGUUUCUUUUAUCAUGUUUAGGAUGUGCUACUGGAUAUAGCAAUAUAUGGAGAUUUCCCUUCAAAUGUUAUGAUAAUGGAGGAGGAGCUUUUUUAAUUCCUUACUUUUUCGCGCUUUUCGCGGCCGGUCUGCCCUUGUUCCUGAUGGAAUUAGCCCUAGGCCAAUACUCUUCUAUGGGUCCAGUUAAGCUGUUUCGGAAACUCAGUCCCUUUUUUACCGGUGUUGGGAUGUCUAUGGUCGCAAUUUCCUUUAUGGGUUCCAUUUAUUACAACAUGAUAUUGACUUGGACACUCUUCUACCUGGGAGAUUCCUUUAAAAGAGUUUUACCUUGGGCCGGUUGCGAUAAUUGGUGGAAUACAGCCCAUUGUUUUGACUCAUUCAAAGCUCGCGAAUGUUAUAGCAAAAAUACUACCUACUUCAAGGGAAAUUGUCAUAAUCGUACGAAUAACCAAUCAGAAUACGAUAUUGGUAAAAAGGACUCUCCGGCUGAAGAAUAUUUUAAUUACCGGAUGCUCAAUAUAUCGGACGGCUUUGAGAACAUGGGUAAAGUUCAAUGGGAACUCGCCCUGUGCUUAUUUUUGGCCUGGUGCAGCGUAUUCUUUUCUAUCAUGCAGGGUAUUAAAACUAGUGGCAAAGUCGUCUACUUUACGGUUACAUUUCCUUACCUCGUACUCAUCAUAUUAUUAGUCCGAGCGCUCACUUUAGAAGGUGUUUCCAGCGGAUUGAUAUUUUAUAUGAAACCCGAUUGGCGGAAAUUGGCUGACUUUAAGGUAUGGAAAGAAGCGUUUCUUCAAGUAUUUUACUCACUCGGUCCAGCUUUUGGCAGCUUAAUGACACUUUCUAGCUACAAUUCGUUUCAUCACGAUUUUUACAGAGACGGAAUCAUAGUGGGCUUACUCAAUUCGGCUACCAGCAUUUUAUCAGGCUUUGUUGUUUUCGCUAUCCUAGGAUUCAUGGCUCAUGAGAUGAAUACUCCGGUAGAUAAGGUUAUACGGUCUGGGCUCGGUUUGGCUUUCGUAGCCUACCCCACGGCUAUAACCCGGAUAGCAUGGGCUCCCUUUUGGAGCGUGAUAUUCUUCUUUAUGCUUGUCACGAUAGGAUUGGAUAGUCAAUUUGCCAUGGUGGAGACCAUUCUAACGACGUUAUACGAUCAAUGGCCGAUGGUUCUAAGGCCUCGAAAGAUACUAGUCAGUGCCAGCGUCUGUGUAUUACUUUUUCUUAUUGCAAUUCCCCAAACCAUGAACGGUGGCAUAUAUCUGUUUUCUCUCAUGGAUAAUUAUGCAGCUGGUUGGCCUUUACUAUUUAUCAGCCUCGUCCAAUGCUCUAUCGUAUCUUACCUUUAUGGAACUCAGAGAUUUGUAGAUGAUAUCGAGACCAUGAUAGGCUACAAGAUUAGUUUUUGGUGGAAGUUGUGCUGGAGAUACAUCUCGCCGACCAGCUUACUAAUCCUCUUGUUGUACGAUUGGGCUUCCAGUUCGGGCCUCACUUAUGGGGAGUCCUACGUUUUUCCUCCCUUAGCCAUAGGCUUGGGUUGGUGCAUGGCCAUUUUUACGGUGUCCUUUAUCCCCGGAUUUUUUAUUUACAAAUACAUAACUUUCGUCUCCAAUAGUAACGAAGAAGAUACAAGCUAUACUGACAACCAAGCCAACAUAGAUGUCACUUUCAAAAAAAUAAGGGACCCUAGCUUCAGGGCACUCUUCUUCGCUACGGAAGACUGGAAUAAAAAAAAAGGUCUUAUGAUUGAGAGGCAAUUCUCUGCGGAAUUUAACUUGGAAUAAUACGCGAAAACGUUAUAUUUUCGCCUUGAUUAUUAAAUUUCAUGAUUUAAAUUUUAUUCGAGAUAUUUUUAUAGCUUAAAUAUUAAUGUGAUUUUUG